AUGUUGAUUACAAAAUUAAGUUCACCACUGUCCAUAGGAUCUGGCCUGAUGUUUCUCAUAACAACAUGUGUGGCUUUGUGCAUCAACAUGGCACUUAGUAGCCCGCUCCCAGCCGUGGUCGCUCCAGUUGUUCCACCUGUAGCAGCUGCUAUACCAGGACUAGUGUCUCCAGUGAACGCUUUUCCAUUCGCCAAUGGUCGUAACCCAGCGUACCCCGGAUACAAUGGUUACAAAAGCCCCUAUUACAACCCAGCAAGUGCGACUGCCCCUAUAACGAGCUAUUCCAACAACCGAGGUGUCGAUGGAAGUUAUUCUUACAGCUUUACUACUGGCGAUGGGAAACAGGCUCAAGAAAGUGGAUUUUUGAAGGAUGCUUACAUUGACAAUACCGGAUCACCUCAAGGGACACAGGUGGUUGAAGGAAGUUAUGCUUACACUUCACCUGAGGGAACCCCGAUUCAAGUGAACUAUGUUGCGGAUGAAAAUGGCUUCAGACCUUCCGGUGUGCACAUCCCAGCUGACGGUAAAGGCGCCGCCCCUGCUCUGUUAGACGGAAUCAACAGAAACGUGUAUGACCCUCGUUACAAUGCCUAUACCCCUAUUAACUACAGGAACCCAUUGUACAACCAGUACAGCCCCGCUAGAGCCUUCGACCCACGUUUCAACCCUUACAACCCCUACCACGCUCUCAAAGACGUCAAGAAAACUAUUUAA